UGCCACUGAGGCACACACACCAUGACCACGGGGCGUACACCAGCUGAGACCAGGCUAGACCUGGAGGACAUAGAGGAGCAGGGGAUCCCUCCAGGCAGACACACUGCAGAGGGACUACUGGAGGAAGUAGUGGAGGUAGAGGCAGAGGAACCAGCUCAGGAGGAGGACUCCACCCACAGUGACAUCAGGUCUCUGGUCAAGAACAGGGACCCAAGGGGAGUCAACAAGUAUCUAAAGGUGACCUUUGAGGACGUGAUAGCAGAGCCCCCCUCGGUGCGGAGCUUCGAUAAGGUGUGGCUGUGGAGCCACGCCUUAUUUGAGGUGUCCCGUCUCUGGUGCUACCGGCUGAUCUCCCUCCUCCUGGCCGUGCCCGUCUCUCUGGUAGCAGGGAUCCUCUUCGCUGUCUUCAGCUGCCUACAUAUCUGGCUGAUCAUGCCCUUUAUUCAGCUCUUCCUGAUCAACAUGCACUGGGUUCAGACUGUGUGGGGCAGUGUAUUGGACAUCGCCAUCGCUCCCUUCUUUAAGAGUAUGGGGAAGUGCUGCAGUAGCAUCAAUGUCCGACUGGCCAGGGACUGAUGUUGGGCUCUGCCACCUUCUUUGGGAGUGUGGAGGGAGUGUGGAUGGAGUGGGCUGGGUUGGGUUGAUGCACACUACAUAUGAACUGUUUGUUUGCAAUCAUGUCUCAAUCUCUAAGAAAAAUAAUGUUGCUGCCUUCUACUCUGCAAAGAACAAAUUUUAAAAAGUAGAACUUGCAAUUGUUUAGUAAAUAUGUGAAAUGAAGUUACGUGAAUUAGACAGUAUCUAAAAAAUUAUGUCAUUUAUGUGUUUUCUAUUUUGCUUAGUACAUUCAGAACUGUUAUUGGUGAUGUACUAUCGUACUCAAUUUAAUCUCUAAACCACAACUUGAAAGAAAGUUGUUAGCACUUUAGAUUAAACAUAAUGCAGCACAGACACGUGCACGCGCACACACACACACACACACACAAAUUCCACAUGCUGGUGUAAAGGAAAAAUUCCUCCUGACAGAACAGAUUAUGUGGCCAGUGAUGCAUGUUUUUCCCCAGUAAAAUAGGGGCAUGGAAUUACAUUUCCUCCAUUGACUGGCCAAUUAUUUUUCUGUCUCAGGAAAAUAAUGGUUCAGGCUCUAAAAAUGAAUGCUAUUUCUUUGUUCCAGAGUGGUUGUCAAGAGAUUGUGUAAAUUCUGCUGAUCUGAUGCAUCCUCUUAACCGAGGUGCCGUAAUUACUGGUUGUGUGAUCUAGUUGUGCCUGUUAGAAUUUAGAAUCCAGGUAGAUUCAAAGCUCAGUUUGGGAUUCAAAUCUAUCUGCCCAUGUUUAGUAGAACAGAAGUAAGAGCAUAGUUGCAGGUUCUAAAAUUGGCUCAAACUGAGCUACUAAUUUGUUUCUGGACCUACCUACAGUAUAGGCUUAGGCAAUUAUACCUGCAAAUUGCUCUAGCAGUUCAAAUUAUGCAAAUGCACACUACCGUAUGCACUCAUUGGGAUUUCUAGCCUUUCGCAAACACUCCAAUUCUCUGGAGCAUGGAUCUGUUCGGAGAUAUAGUAGGCGAAAGGGCCAAACUUGUGAAGCAACUCCUUUUGUGAUACAUUUGGUUCAUUUUCAAGGGAAAUUGCAGUGACACGUACAUAUACCCCGGGGAUACAUUCUUCAACUUCAACUGGGAUUGCAAUAAAAAACUUUAGUUAUCUGAUGGACCGUACUGUUCUGUAAAGAAGUCAACAGCAAUGUCAAAACAUCUAGGAAUCUUAGUUGACCAAUUGUACUGCUUUGCUUAGUGUUUUCUCCUUUGCCAUCUGUCUGUCUGUCUGUCUGUCUGUCUGUCUGUCUGUCUGUCUGUCUGUCUGUCUGUCUGUCUGUCUGUCUGUCUGUCUGUCUGUCUGUCUGUCUGUCUGUCUGUCUGUCUGUCUGUCUGUCU